AUCCAAGCUCCAUUCGAAACAGAUCUCACGUUUUGGAAGACGUGUUCCGGAGUCUUGGGAAAGAAGAGGGGAGCUAAACCUGCAAUCACGUCGCGUGCUGUUCAGCUGGCGUCUUGCUCACUCGCACAAGCAAUCGGCAGUGAAAUGGCAGUCGAAUUUCUUCCGAUAAGCUCUCCUAGUUCUCUUUCUGGGAGCCCUCGUUGUCAAGACAGAUUAGCGAAAGCGUCGGGUCGCGAAGCGCCCUCACCAAAUGAAGUGGAAUCUUCAAGAGCUUCAGGCUUCUACAGAACGCCGAACGCCAGAGGUUUAACUUCACUCGCAAUCCCGCCAGUUUGAGGGCCGAUGAAUAUUGACAUUCCCGUGAAAGUAUCUCGUCCGUUGCCUUUCCCGGACCCUAGUUUUACUAAGAGCUCCGUCGUUACCCAGGCGGCUAGGCCGGAAUCCGUGGCGGUGUGAUUGGUCUCUUUGGUCGUGCGCCAACUUGGAGUUCUGAGCGCGUAACAGGCUGUUACCCUGUUCCUUCUUCCGAACUACCUGGGUCACACCCUCUCCGUGCAAUCCUCGUCACACGGCACAAGAGAACGGACGGCAUGAUAUUGACACUGAUCUUUCGUAGUAACCGUGACGGGCAGAGUAACUUUGUCGCACCAUCGCCCGCAGCAGCCGUACGAUUCGUCGUCGCCGCGUCGUUGCUGCUCGCCACCGUCAUCCCGCAGCAAGCUCAAUCGCUCACCGUUGACGGAUCUAACGAUGACGUCAUCACCAGAGCGCCGCGAAUCCGCGUGCAUCAUGUGGUCCCCUGCGCGGUCCGAUCAGAGAAUAUGAUCACGAGCAACAUCGCCGGUUCUAGUGCCGAUGACUCCGCCGCCGCCGCCGCCGCUGACGGCGAGAAAUUGCGUGAUGGCGGGAGUGAUUGCGUGAUUAAGGCGCGGCACGCGGGGAUGCUUCGGCCGCAUCCCACGUUCGUCCGCCUGCACAGAGCCGCGGUGCUGAAGGCGCAAGAAGCCGCGCGGCGGAGGUCGAAGGACGAUCCGCGCGCGCUUCCCCCGCAUCGGCGGAGAGUGACGGGCGCGGAGGACCUGAACCUGCGCUCGGCGGAGGACUUCAGCUCGCUGGUGCUCCUGCGGGCGAUGGCGGACGGGAACAGUGGGGAGUCGGGGGAGUCGGAGGAUUCGGGGGACUCGGAUUCCACGCCGGCCGCGGAACUGUCGGAUGAUGGCGCUUCGGCAUCCCACGCAGCUGUCUCGUCGAAGAGUUCGAAUCGGCCAACGACGACUAGUAAGAACGCGACCGAAGCGUCGAAUACCCCUCUUCCUACUACUACCAUGAAUAAGAACUCGACUAUUGGGACGGAGAUCAAGAAUCAGAGUGCUCGCGAAACGGCAAGCGGCGUGGGGCGGCUGAAGGACGACUCCUCGGAGGAAGAGACGAAGACAAAGAAAGCUUCUCAAAGCGAUAGCAAUAAUCGCGAGGAGGGGAGCAGAAGCGGUAAGGGCAAGCGCGGCGACGAGCGUGUGAAGCCUUCGAAGCUGGUCGGGAAAUGGCGAGGCGGCAAGGGCGAUAAUGAUGUCAGAGAAAUCAUAUUAUAAAAAAAUAUCAGGAAUAUCAAGCGCACCGAUGAUGCUGGGGAGAAGAAAGCGAAAGGGAAAGGCGGUGCUUCAUAGGAGAAGGUGCUCCGAGGCAAAGGAGGCGAUCAGGCUGGUACUGCUGGCGCAGCUGGCGCAGCAGCACGCUAGACCCAGGGGAUUCGAUUCCAGAAGAAUAGUCAGAAGGGGUGCCGGUGAGAGCCUCCUACUUCUGGCGGGUAGCUCCGCGAGAAUGGUAGCCUGUGGGUGAUAUUGCCUAAUAAUCAGAAGGUGCCACCCAGUGGGUGUUCAUCUGUAUAUGGUAGGUGGCUUUCAGAGCACUGGAGUCGGUUUUUCCUGGGUGUUGCUAGUGUGGCUGACCUGUGGUGCUGGUAUUCUGUCCGUUCUGAUAUGCAGAAUUUUAACCUCGACCAUCAUAGGUUCUCGACACCCGCCCUCUCCCCUCCCCCACCCACUCACCCCUUCCCUUUGCGACUAUGUGCCGUAUCCUUAACUCGAA